CUUAUAAGCUUACGCGGCCCAGCUUAAAAGCUCCCUAAGCGAACUCCCGAACAAGAAUGUCGCAGCGCUACAACGGUGGCUAUGGCCAGGCGCCUUACCAGACCUACGGUCGUGACGCUCCCCCCGAGCAGGCUGGCUGGAACUACACCGGCCACAACUCCAACUCGCGCGUGGCCUUCUACGAGAACCCCCAGGGCGUGAAGAUGGACUACUACUACACCACCGGCACUGUGAAGACGUCCAUGGAGCACCCCAGCCGCGGCUCCACGCAGCUGUUCCGCCGCGACCUGAGCGACAGCCAGUACAACGCCGUGCUGGACAACCCGCGCACACACACCGGCCAGGGGUACUACCGCAAGUAGGGGCGCGGGGUGCGGCGACGCGGUGGUGCGGUGCGGUGACCAUGGCCGCGCAGGAGCACUACGAGGGCCAGGGGUGGGGAGGGCUUGCAUGGGCUGUUGAGGCCGACGAGAUAAGGAUAACGCCACGUCCAGUUCCGUGUAGCAGCUGUUACGGCGUGCAUAACACAUGCAUUAUGAUGUUAUGAUGUAGAAUAUGUGCAUAAGAACGUUUGUUUGGUGUGGAUACGCGAGCAACCCAUCGUCGUUGCGAGCAGGCUGGUCUGGGCAGCUAGCAGGAUGUAGAUAGGCAUGGACGGACAGGACCACAUGGACUGCCGUCCAACACCCGUACAGUAUUUGUAUGCGAACGCUCUUGGCACGCUGCGCAAAGGCGCUGGACGGGCGCUCCUGGCGCUCCGGCGUCCCCGGCCCCCCUGUAACUGUGUGCUGGA